AUGCAGCCAAACAUUUGGCCUUCAGAGGUACCAGACUUCCAGGAAAAGAGCUAUAAACUGUUUGAGGAGCUUGAUAAACUGGGAGUGCGGAUCUUACGUGCAUUAGCACUGCACAUUAACCUACCAGAAACUUUCUUUGACAAUCUCAUUGACUCAGGAAAUUCCAUUCUACGACCUAUCUACUAUCCUCCCAUCCAGGAUGGAAAUGCACCCAAUGUCCGUGCUGGGGCGCAUGAAGAUAUUAACUUCAUCACCUUAUUGGUUGGCGCGAGCGCUGAGGGACUUGAGGUGUUGACCAAAGAAGGAGCUUGGCUUCCCAUUACCACACACGAUGAUGCUAUUGUCGUUAAUAUCGGUGAUAUGCUACAACGGCUUACAAAUAAUGUGUAUCCAUCGACAACGCAUCGGGUUGUAAACCCGACAAAUGAGAACGCAUCGAAACCUCGGUACUCUGUUCCUUAUUUCUUACACCCCAAUCCGGAUGUUCUCUUGGAUCCAUUGCCCUCCUGUAUUACCCCUGGCAAUCCCAAUCAUUACCCAGACUCGUUGACAUCACAUGAAUUUCUUCAGCAACGUCUUCGUGAAAUCAAGCUCAUAUAG